AACUGCCGACAUUACCUUCAUGCCACGAGGGCGUACACAGUAGGUUAAGUUGUGGUAACCCCAAUAUGUAUCCUUUGGUAAAGAUGGGGUCGGCAGUUGUAUAGCAAACGUCGAAGGUGAGAUGGAUGGCAAACAUUCCACGUCUGGAUCACAUCGGGCUCGUGUGAACACCGCAUAGAAAAUCUCUCGAAGUACUUUAUCUGCCAUUGCAUCUUCCUUGCAUCCUUCCGUACUUCUUCAAUCCGUCUCUGCAUCCUCCAGUGAAUCAACCUCUCAGUCGUCAUGCUUCUCUCGACUCUCUUUUUCGCCGCCCUCACGCAGGCUAUGCCUCAAGGCUUUGGCGGCCAGGGCUUCACUAUGUUGCGUUUUGGCUGCGCUCAGAAUGUCAUCGAUCGGAUCGAUCCCCUCGUAAACCCUGGCCAAGCUCCUUCACCACAUAUGCAUCAGGUGGUUGGAGGAAACGCUUUCAACAUCACAAUGCAAUCAACCGAUAUCUCCAAGCUGGCGACUUGCACUACAUGCGGGUACUCUGAGGAUCUUUCCAACUACUGGACCGCGAACGUGUACUUCAAGGCACGUAACGGAACCUACAAGCGUGUGCCUCAAAUUCCUAACAGGGAUUUGUUCAACGACAAAUACACCGGCAAGACUACUGGAGGCUUCGUCGUUUACUACGUCUCUGGUGGCAAGGGCCAAGUCACAGCCUUCAAACCCGGCUUCCGUAUGCUCGUGGGUGAUGCCACCAACCGCAAGUCCAAGAAUUUGAAGUCUCAGACCUGCUUUCGUUGCUACAACGCGCCUAACUUUGGCGGUGACAAUGCUGCACCUUGCCAGGAUGCUAAGCUUGACACAGAAGGCUUCCCUACAACACCUUGCCCAGGUGGCAUACGCAGCAACAUUCUUUACCCAACGUGCUGGGAUGGAAAGAAUCUCGACUCGCCGGACCACAAGUCUCAUGUCGCAUACCCCAGCAAUGGCCCAGCUCUCUUCUCUGGUACUGGUACUGGUGGCGCAUGCCCUUCAACACACCCGGUGAAGAUCCCGCAGGUCAUGCUCGAGAUCGUCUGGGACACCAGCAAAUUCAACAACAAAGUUGAGUGGCCCGCCGAUGGCUCGCAGCCUUUCGUCCUUUCUACUGGAGACAACACCGGAUAUGGACAGCAUGGAGACUACGUCUUCGGCUGGAAGGAUGACUCGCUUCAGAAGGCUAUGGAUGACGCUAAGGGCUGCAUGGGUGCCAACUGUGGUAGCUUGAAGACACAGCAGCCUGCUGAUGGCAACAAAUGUGUUGUACCCAACCGUGUGCAUGAGGAACAUGACGGCUGGCUGACUGCUCUUCCGGGUAUGGAGGAUAUGCCGAUGAUCUAGAGUGCUAGAGCUAGAGUCGAUGAUCAUCAAGCUGUUCUGUUGGCGGGUUGAAGAAAGAAUUCUCUAUGUGACAUUCGACGUUCAAUGUCAGAUUCCUCCGGUGUGUCGAACAUGCCGAGUAAGGCCGACAGGCGACUAGUC